AUGGACAGGAUAAGUCAGUUGCCUGAUGAGCUUAUCUUGAGGAUAUUGUCGUUUCUGCCUAGCAUGAAGCAUGUCAUGGCCACUACGCUUUUGUCAAAACGGUGGCAGUUUCUUGGGAUGAUGGUGCCAAAACUCGUAUACGAUUACGCGUAUCAUUACACUAGGUAUCGAGGAUCUAAGCGGUAUUCGUAUUUUUCGGAUUUUGUGGACAAAUCUUUGCUUACGCACGAGGCUCCAGCGAUAGAAACUAUGCAUUUUAAACUAGGUCAAGUCUAUAGUAGUGGAGAUAUUCGAGUGUGGAUUAGAGAAGCAGGUAAACGCCAAGUGCGUGAGCUGAUUAUCGAGUUUCAUUUAGCUUAUUCUCGAGUCACACUCCCUAGGAGCUUGUAUACAUACUGCAGAAUGCUCACGACCUUGAAACUAAGUAACGCGGUUCUUGUGGAUGAUGAUGAAACCUCCCCAGUUUCUUUCCCGUCCCUCAAAAGACUGAGUCUUUGUAUCCAUGGAGUACCCGAGUUUGUCGUUUUUCAGAAAGCUUUUACGCGGCUGUCCUGUUCUUGA